CGAAUAUAUUUAUAUCAUUAGGAUUCAGAUCGUUUAACAAACUCAAAGAAACCAACACUGACAACAACUAUAUGUAACCAACAAGCACUAUCAACCCUACAUGUAGACUUAGGGUAAUACGAAUCGCUAACUACCAAACGAGUGUGACACAUCAAUUACUAACCAUAUAGUCCUAAAACUACAUAUAUCUAGCAACAUUUUUGUUGUACACCUAAAACUAAAGACAUUAACAAAAAACAAAGCAACAUAAACAAACUUAACGCGAAAGUAAGACCAUAAAAAACAAAAUAAUUGACUAAUACUCCAAGCUCCUUCAUGUCAGUAUUCUUGAAAUAUCGCCUUCCAAACACUAGGACCUUGGUCGUUCCAGGGCGGCGAUUCAAAAGGGGGAUGGAUCGCUGGUUUGUCUUCUCCCUUGCUCAAAACUCAAUCCAGAAAUUGCUAGACGAUUUUCCAAUUGAAUGUAUCAAUCACAGACCUCCAGAUUCCAUCCAUAUCAACACAUCCAGAAACAUCAACUAUAGAGUAGCAGAUGAUGGAGAGGUAGAGCGUGGUAACAAUCGGCCUCCCACUAUCGGGCUGCAAAUCACUUGCCGGACAAGAAACGACGCAAAUCGCCUGCCGAAAAGACAAGCCCUAGAUGAAAGCUAGAGAGAAUACCACUUCUACCUGUUCUACACUGCUCUGAGCAUCGACACAGAUUUGCCAGAAUAGUGAAGAACAUAGCCAAUGCUAAGUUAUCGGGUUGCGAAACGGUGCAAGUCUCAAUUGCAUUGAAAAAGCCAAGGGAUUGAGGUGGCGACGACCGUUCCUUUUAAUUGGGAAUACACAUUUAAUUGGAUCAUGCUAUUGUUUUCAG